AUGGGGCCUUUUGGAAUGGACCGAAUAACCGAUUUUCCUCAAGCUUUUGCUGGCUUUAACUGUCAGAAUGUUGAUGAGAAUGUUCGCCAUUCAGUCGAAGAGAAAAUGAGUGACAUGAAGCAUUUUCUAAUGGAGCCUAAACAUGACAAUUUCGCGGUGGACAGUUUCUUAGGCCUUGGUAUGGAGAAUAUGGGCAUAAGCUACAAGAUGGAGGAAUUUUCUCAUGGAUACGACUUUAGCUUUCUACCAGAUUAUCGUGGACUAGAGUCUUGUACCACUCACGACGGGGAUGCAGGUUUAAAGCUCGAAAUUCUUGAUGGGUUUCUGGACGAAGUUGAUGAAGUGGAAGAUAUCUACGCAUCACAUGAUCUUUCUUCUGUUGGUGACCGUAUCUUUCCAGAAACUGAAGUCAAGAAGAAAGUAUCUGAAUUAGAUGGUGAUCCUUGUGGUUUUCUGAACUUCAGCUCAGAAUCUUAUUCUCCUGGAAUUAGUGGAAGCAACGGGCUCUCUGAGUGGUCAAAAGAAACUGUUCCCCGUGCUGAAUCCCAGAAUGUAUCCAGCGGAAAAGUUAAAGAGAGUUUGGAUUCAACUUCAAACAAUAUGCAUGGUUUGUAUGAGUCAGGAGAUGACAAUAAACCACUAUCCACUUUAGGCUCUUGGGUUGGACAAGGCAAGAAUCGGAAAAAGAAUUUGGUUAACACCUCGCGUAGUAGAUUAGAUUCUUUUGUUGGACCAAUGUCUCCUGUCUCCUAUGACUUCCGGCCCCGGAAAGGACCUCUGAAGAAAUACAUUCAUACUACAACGGUAGAUGUAUUAUCUGAUGAUGAUCAACAAACUUCAUCUGAGAGUGACGAUGACAUUUCUGUAAGAAUCACAUCCAAAAGCAGAACUGACCGGAGAAAGCAUCAGAGGAUGUGGACUGUCGAUGAAGUAGUGAAGUUGGUUGAUGGUAUUUCUCACUUUGGUGUUGGCAAAUGGACAGAUAUAAAGAACCACUUCUUUCAGUCCGUGUCGCACCGCACCCCCAUUGAUAUCAGAGACAAAUGGCGUAAUCUACUGAAAGCAAGUUAUACCGACAAGCACAACGAUGGAGAGGUUGAAGAAAAACGAAGGUCAGCGGCUCCACCUAUCCCGAAAGAUAUUCUACAUCGUAAUAGUGUAACUGUUUAUGAGGUUCCUCAUAUGGGAAACUGGGAAAUGAGUAAGAGAUUCGAGUGA